AUGCAAUCUUGUGCUAAACUGGGAGAAGUGUCACUUCAGGUGAAAGAGGGCAUUGUUCUUGCUCAGCGGAUCUCUAACAAAGGCAUUCAAGUAUAUCAAGCUAAAUUUGAGAUGAUUGAAAAUUGGUCCCCAUUUAUCUCUGUGAAGGGUGUAAGAAGCUUUCUAGGAAAUGCUGUCUUUUAUCGAAGAUUUAUCAAAGACUUCUCCAAGAUAGUGCAACCACUAUGCAAGUUACUUGAAAAGGAAACAAAAUUUGAGUUUGAUGAUGCUUUCCUAAAGGCAUUUGAAGGGUCAAAAGAGAAGUUGAUUUCUACACCUAUCAUCUUUCACUAG